AUGCCCUCCCUCCUCCCAGCCAGGCGCUCGCCGCUGCUCCCCCAUUUCCAGUCGCAUCGAGCGAGCCCUUGUCGGAGCAAGGCCGCGAGCGGUGACUGGUGGCGAGGAUCCAAAUCCUCCGUCCCGCGCUCGCCAGCCGCCGGCCAUGGGGAAGAGGGGGGCCGCGGCGGCGGCGCCUGGGCCCGACAAGCCAGAACCCCACGGAGCCGCACAGAGAAGCGGGCACGGAGUGGCGACGGCGACGAGACGGGCGACGAUUUCAUCAGCGGGCUCCCCGAUGUCGUCCUUGGCACCAUCAUCUCCCUCCUCCCCACCAAGGACGGCGGCCGCACGCCGGUCCUCUCCCGCCGAUGGCGCCACCUGUGGCGCUCCGCGCCUCUCAAUCUCGAGGUCACCCUCGCCCCCGUCCGCACCUCCUCCCGUUGCGUCCCCGCCCGCACCUCCUUCCGCGUCCGGCCCUCCGCCGUCUCCGAGAUAAUCCCCCAGCACCCUGGCCCCGCCCGCCGGUUUUACUUGCGUUGCCCCGGCGCCGGCGACCCAGGCGCCGACGACCUCUGCGCCCAGGCGGAGAGCUGGCUUCACUCCCCGGCACUCGCCAACCUCGAGGAGCUCGAUAUCAGCUACGCCAACCCCCGGCUGCUGCCAUCUGCGCUCCGCUCUGCACCCACUCUCCUCGUUGCCAAGAUGAGCCAUUGUAGUUUCCCCAACGAGAUCGGGCCGUCCAUGAACUUCCCCCUCCUCAAGCAGCUCUCCUUCAUGGACGUUUCCAUCCCGGAGGAUGUCUUCCACGAUUUGCUCUCUGGUUGCCAUGCCUUGGAGAGCCUUUACGUGUCCGAAGUUUUUGGUGUGGGAUGCCUCCGUAUUAGCUCGCCGAAAAUCAGGAGCAUCAGCAUCCGUCAUACCUCUAUGCAAAAAACAGAACUGGUCAUCGAAGAUGCUCCUCGGCUUGUAAGGUUACUAAUACCUUACUAUGGUUCCUGUGAUAAUGAUUGUGUUACUAUCCGGGUAGUUAGGGCGCCUAAACUGGAGAUAUUGGGCCCUUUGUUACUCGUCGUCUCCAAGCUCCUAGUCUCCCAGGGAAUAAGCCCAGUCGGCUCGGCAAACUCAAUGCACACCGUGAAGAUUUUGGCUCUCAGGUCUUCUGGCCAUGAAUUGGACCCAGUUCUUAACAUCCUCAGGUGGUUUCCUUGUCUGGAACAGCUCUAUGUCAUUUUUCACGAACACAUUGAGGAGGAUAAGAAAAAUGGGCCUCAGUAUGACCCGCUACUUCCAAUUGAAUGCCUUCAAACCCAUCUCAAGAGAGUGGUGUUUAGGCCAUUCACGAGCAAUGAGAAACAGUAUGAGUUCGCCAGGUUCUUUGUUUUGAAUGCAGAAGUGUUAAACAAAGUUGAAUUUGAAGGAUUCGGUGGCUACAACAGUGUAUCUGUGGCUUAUCAACACAGAUUUCUACGAGUGGAAAACAGAGCUUCUCAAGAUGCUCAAUUUGAAUUCAGGAGAUAUAUCCGUACCGAGCACCAGCUCGUAGAGCACAUCCAUGAUUUGUCAGUGGCUGACCCCUUCCGCAGCCAUAGACAGGAUUGAUGCCUGAAGAUUGCACUGUCUUAGUGUCUUGUGCUCAUCUGUAGACGUUGUUGAUGCCUGAAGGCUGCAUCAUCUUCUGCAUAAGUCUGCUCAAUUUCUAGUCUGAAGUUCCUCUCUUAUUCCGGUAACUUAUGAAGUUGCCCCUGUUAAAACUGAAAAAGUUGUUUCUGGAUGCAAAAAUAAGUGCACUGAAGUAAAUUUCUGAUGGGCAGGGAUGCAAAUAUUACUGCCGAAAGUUGUAACUGUGCAGUUAUGGCUUUGUUCUGCCUAUGCUGGGUGUUGGAUACUUAAUUGUCUUUUCAUUUGUAUGAAGAAGCACGAGACGUUUGAUGCUUAUGAAAGGUCAGCCUGUGGCUUAGGCCCCUAUGAUUUUCUAGCUAGGAAGGAGAUGCCUCUCUGUAAUUUUAAGAUAUAUCUGUGUAUGUUAUCAGCUAGAAAUUCUGCUAAUGAUCAUCAUGCUUCAGUUGGCUA